GGCGGCGGCUGCGGGCGGGGGGGGGAAGCGCAGCCCGGCGCUUGUUUACCGGGGAGCGCCGGGGCAGGGCUCGCCGAGCUGCGCGGCCGGGCUGGCGGCGGCUCCGAGGAUGCUGCCCGGGGCUCCGCGGCGGGCGCUGGGCGCUGUGCUGCUGCUGGGCUCGCUGCUGCUGCUGCCGCUGCCGCCGGCCGCCCGCGGCGCCGAGGAGUGCCUCCGCGGCAACGGCGCGUCCUACCGCGGCAGCCGCCGAGUGGCCUCCGGCGGCGCCCCGUGCCUCAACUGGCUGAGCGUGCGGAGCCCAUCGCUGCCGGCAGCAAUCAGCGAGGACCACAACAGCUGCAGGAACCCGGACGGCGCCGCCGCGCCCUGGUGCUUCGUCCGAAACGCUGCCGGAGACCCCGAGCGGCGACCCUGCGACAUCGCCCCGUGCUCAGAUGCUACAGCUGCCACAGCCCCAGUCCCUACAGCAGAGGUUGGUGCUUCUCAGGAGGAUGAGCAGGUGUUUGAGCCAGCUGAUACCUUGCCCUCCCGGAGCGAGGCAGCCGCAGUGCAGCCCGUCAUUGGGAUCAGUCAGAGAGUGCAGAUGAACUCCAAAGAAAAGAAGGACUUAGGGAUGCUAGGGUAUGUGCUGGGGCUGAUCAUGAUGGUGAUAAUCAUUGCCAUUGGAGCUGGCAUUGUCCUGGGAUACAUCUAUAAGAGGGGGAAAGACCUGAAGGAGAAGCACGAGCAGAAGGUUUACGAGCGGGAAAUGCAGCGCAUCACGCUGCCGCUGUCCGCCUUCAGCAACCCUGCGUGCGAGCUGGUGGAGGAGAACACCAUCGAGGUGCACACCACCCAGACCCCCCUGGAGGACACGGGCAGCGGCCCCCUCAUGGGGCAGGCGGGGACUCCUGGGGCCUGAGCAGCUCAGGCAGGCGAUAAAGGCUGAGCAAAGCCUCCAGCUUCCCACUGUGAGUGCAGGGGGUGCGUGUGUUCGUUUCCGUUUUGUUUUCUUUUCGAUGAACGCCGGCUGAGGGUGAUGCAGAGGAACAGAGCAAUGGGCUAUUCAUCACCAUCUGUUGGAGGGGCACCGUUCAGUGCGUGACCGGCUGGGAACUGGUGUGGUGGACCCUGCUGCUUCCUCCCACCUAUCUCCGUGGUGUGCCAAGGAGCUGGGGGGGAUGAUGGGCCAGGCUCACGACUGGCCACAGAUCCCAUAGCCCAGAGCGUGGUCUUGGCUUCCUCUGUUUCUGUUCCUUUCCUAUUUAAUGGUGUGCACUGUUUAAGUUUCAGCCUGGAACCCCAGGAGGGAGCAGUACUGCAGGGACUGAGGGGAGCUUCACAUCAGACUUAGCUACAUAAUUACACUCUGAUUAUAGUUCCUGCCUUUUGCUUUAGUAGCUGAGAGCUGGAAGCACUGUCCAGAAUUCUGCUACUGGAUCAGUUUUAUUUUCCAAGGAAGAGUUUAUUUGAGGGAUGUCUUUGGCCAGGAGCAGUGUGUUUAGCCCCAGUGUCAGUUUGGAAAAGCUCUCCUCAAGCUCUUGACAAAUCCAGGUCUUCCAGGGCUGAGGCCACGUCUCCAUUCCCCUGUGGUGGUACAUGCACAGCCCCAGUUGUAGGUGUGGGUGUGGUCUGUGUGUGCCUCCUGCUCACUUACACAGAUAGGAGACCAGGGGCCAGCAGAAGAUACUUGUGGAGUGAAGAAACUGCCCUUCAGUUAUUAGAGCAGGUAAACACUGAGGAAUAGAUAUCCUCUCUGGAAUUCCCUUGGCCUCCUACAGAGCCAGUGCUGGACAGAGUGGCCAAGCUGUGGAGGUCACCCAGCUCACAGUGCAGCAGCUCUGGCUCCAAGGGCAGGACAGGGCAGUUGUUUGGGAAGAUCCUGAAGUCAUGGCGUGGCUCCCGGCCCAGCCUCUGCCACACACACUCAGCUUGUGCAGCAAGACUACUUACUUACAGAGCCUGGCCCUAUUCGAGAGGUUCUGUAAUGACUAUUAUUAGCAUUUCAGGGGGUUUGGAAGGGAUGGUUGCUACAGUGUCUCCCAAGUGGCACCAAGGCAAGGCCAGUUCAGGGAAACACCCGUCCCCACCUCAGGGGAUUCAAGCCAUUCAAGUUAAGUUUUCUAGCCAUCUGCUUUAUAGCUGUGGGCCUAACAGGGAGCAGCACUUGGCAGCAGGGGUUUUAGUGUUAAUGUUUGAUUCUGAAAAGGGAAAUGUUUUAUUUUUAAAUGCCUUUGAAUACCAUUUCUUUGUAAAAUGUUUUAAAUACCUCAUUAUGAGAAGGUGCAGACUGUGCUACCUUGUAUUAAAGCUUAAAAGAAAAAAUGCUCUGUAGA